AUGAGUUCAAUGGAAAUGUUGCACAGAAUAGGUCCGUCUAUAACUUACAAAAGAUUAUGGUGCAAAGCCACUUUUGCUGGCUACAAGCGGGGCCUUCGAAAUCAGAGGGAGCACACGGCUCUUCUUAAAAUUGAAGGAGUCUAUGCUCGAGAUGAAACCGAAUUCUAUUUUGGAAAAAGAUGUGCCUACGUGUACAAAGCAAAAAAUAACACAGUGACUCCUGGUGGAAAGCCCAACCGAACUCGUGUGAUCUGGGGAAAGGUGACCCGAGCUCAUGGAAACAGUGGCAUGGUCCGUGCUAAGUUCCGCUCUAACCUCCCAGCUAAAGCCAUUGGGCACAGAAUCCGUGUGAUGCUUUACCCAUCAAGGAUCUAA